CUAAGAUACAAGAUAAAGAUAGGAUUGAGUACAUAUCUUCCAUUGAUUUAUGUGACGUGGGUUCGAAUUUUACCCACCACAAGUUUUGUCCUACCAUAAUUGGGAUAAGGAGUCUAACUUCCCUUGUAGAAUUUUCCAAUUUCUUCCUCCGCCACACCAUAUAUAUACUUUACGCCACUUCGAAUGCUACAAUGUUUGAAAAAAGACGCAGAUUUUACAAAGACGGAGAAGAUAACAAGCUUCAAGUACUCCGAUCGUCAGGUGGCAUUUGGAAGCCAACAAACUGGCUAUGGCUCUUUCUCUUCACACCGUAUUUCUCUGCAAAGAGGAAGCCCUCAAUUUAUAUGCAAGAUCACCAUGUAAUGAAAGAUUCUAGCCAUUGCAAGGAUAAAUCUCAGAUAUGCAGCAUUGAUACAAGUUUUGAGGAAAUAGAAAGAUUUGAUCUUAAAAGGGGCAUGACUUUGAUUCUUGAAAAGCAAUGGAGGCAAUUUGUACAAUUGGCUAUCGUAUUGGUUUGCACAUUUGUUAUCGUUCCCAGAGUUGAUGCCGUUGAUGCUCUUAAAACUUGUGCUUGUUUACUCAAAGAAUGCAGGAUUGAGCUUGCAAAAUGUAUAGCAAACCCAUCUUGUGCGGCAAACGUUGCAUGUCUACAGACGUGUAACAAUCGGCCUGACGAGACCGAAUGUCAGAUAAAAUGUGGUGACUUGUUUGAAAACAGUGUGGUGGACCAAUUCAACGAGUGUGCGGUUUCACGAAAAAAAUGUGUGCCCCGGAAAUCGGAUGUGGGUGAAUUCCCGGUUCCGGAUCGUAAUGCAGUGGUUCAAAAUUUUAACAUAAAAGACUUUAGUGGGAAGUGGUAUAUAACAAGUGGUUUAAAUCCUACAUUUGAUACAUUCGAUUGCCAACUUCAUGAGUUUCAUAUGGAAAAUGAUAAACUUGUUGGGAACUUGACAUGGCGCAUAAAAACUUUGGAUGGUGGUUUCUUUACUCGAUCUGCUGUGCAAACAUUUGUUCAAGAUCCAGAUCUUCCUGGAGCACUAUAUAAUCAUGACAAUGAGUUUCUUCACUACCAAGAUGACUGGUACAUAUUAUCUUCCCAAAUCGAAAACAAACCCGAUGAUUACAUAUUCGUAUACUACCGGGGUCGAAACGACGCAUGGGAUGGAUACGGUGGGUCCGUGAUCUACACCCGAAGCCCGACACUCCCCGAAUCGAUCAUCCCAAACCUACAAAAAGCAGCCCAAUCCGUGGGUCGAGACUUUAACACUUUCAUAAGAACCGACAAUAGUUGUGGGCCUGAGCCUCCAUUGGUGGAACGACUGGAGAAAACAGCGGAAGAGGGCGAGAAGUUGUUGAUAAAAGAAGCUGUAGAGAUAGAAGAAGAGGUUGAAAAAGAGGUGGAGAAGGUUAGAGAUACAGAGAUGACUUUGUUUCAGAGGUUGCUUGAAGGUUUUAAGGAGUUGCAACAAGAUGAAGAGAAUUUUGUGAGGGAGUUGAGCAAAGCUUUUUGGGCGCGCGUUACCGAUUAGGAAACUUAGAUAAAUUUCGAUGAUUAAUUCAGACAAUAUAUAUGGUCAUAUGGAUUAUGUAGAUACUAAGAGAAAAAAAAACUUUUGUAUACGUGAUAAACGUGUUUGUGAUUUGUUUAUUGGCU